AUGCGCUUGGAUCCUCAAGGCAUCGGCGGCGAGGGCGCCGCCUGGCCCGGCGCCGGCUCGGUCGUCCCGCGGCUGCGUGCGCUCGACGUCCCCGUGCGCGCGGUCGUGCUGCCGCUGCUGGACCAGGAAGCCGCCGCGCAGCUGCACGGCGCGGCCGUGGCGCGGCUGGGGGCGCUGCUGGGGGAGGGGUCGGUGUGGUGGCAGGACCCGGCGCUGUAUCACGCGACCGUCUUCCAUGCGUCCACACAGGGGGCGCCGGUGGCGGCGUCCGCGGCCGAGGUCGCGGCGGAGGCGGCGGCGGUGGCUCGCGCGGCGGGCGGCACUUGCCCGGUCAGGGCGGUGCUGGAGCGCGUUGUGGCCACCGCCAACGGCGUCCUCGUCGCUUGCUGGCAGGUGCAGUCGGGGUCCGGGGAGCCCGAGGAGCUGCGGGCGCGCCUGCGCGCCGCGCUGCCGCGCGCGCCGCCGCCCGGCGCACAGGCGGUGCGGGACCCGUCCGUGCUGCACACGACUAUCGCGCGCCUGCUCGCGCCGCCGCGGCGCCCAAGCGCGCGCGGCAGCGGUGGCGGCGGUUUGGGGCGCCCGGGAGCAGAGGUGGCCGCGGCGGUGCUGGGGCCGGAGGUGGCGCGGGCGGCGGCUGAGAUGACUCAGGAGCUGUGCGGGCUGUCGGCCGUUUUUGAUGAGCUCUGGUGGGCGCUGGGUUGGGACCGGGAUGCCGGCGGCGGCCAGACGUUUCGCGUCAAGGGAUGA